AUGAGCCGCCCCCAUUUGCCCAAGGACCCCGCCUUCCCGCGCACCAAUGGGUCCUUGGACGGUGGGGCCCGCGGCCUCGGCGGCGAGAUCGAGGAGGUGGGCGCUGCGGCCACCGUAGCCGUCGAGCAGUCGUCGUCCUCGCAGUCGUCGUCCCCGUCGGCGUCGUCGCCGGCGGCGGCGAUGUCGUCGUGCGGGCAGUACAUUCUACACCGGGUGCGCAAGCUGGACACCCUAGCGGGCGUCGCCAUCAAGUACGGCGUCGAGGUAGCCGACAUUAAGAGGCUGAACGGCCUCUCAACUGACCUCCAGAUGUUUGCACACAAGACACUGCGGAUUCCACUCCCAGGGAGGCACCCUCCGUCGCCUUACCAGCAGAAUGGUUCAUAUGAGAGUGACGACAGGGAAUGCACUCCACGCCGCAUUCACGAAGAUAUCUUGGAUUCAAUAUUGAAAACACCAAAGCCCAAAGUUUCACCAGCUAUGAGUCUUCUGCAGGGAUACUAUGGCCUUGCACCACCUCCAAAGAGAGAUCAAACAAGUGAAGGCACUGAGAUGACAGUUUACAGUAAAGGCAAAUCUGCUUUAUUGGAUGUUGAGCCGUGGCUGGAGCCACCAAAUUCCGACCCAUUCCCUCUUCAGAAUAGGAAAACCAGAAGCUUGAUGAUAGGUUCUUCUCUUGAUGGUGAUACCGAUGAGAAUGGUGAUAGUGAAAGGUUUAUAAGGCGGCGCCAGAAAGCUGAUGGUGAGCUGUUACCGAGGGAGGAAAAUGGUGGUGACUUUCUGGCAAGCGCUGGAAAAGGCUUGGCACUGAGGCCAAAGUCUAGCAAUCGACCAGACAUGAACAAGAGUCAGCAGAAUCUUUUUGUAAUGGCAGAGCCUUUGUUUGGCAAUGGUGUGCAAACUGUAAGGAAAUCAUCCAGCACUCCAGAGUUCCAGGAGCCAGAAACCAACACAAGUUCAUCCAUAUGGUCAGCGAGCAAGUGGAGCAUAAAUACAGAUGCUUUUGCUCUUCCUCUCCCCAUCCCUCGUUUUGACAACAUUCCAAAGCCCAUUGCUGCUUGGAGAAACAAGGCGGCUCGCGACUAA